CCAAUGCAUCAACUCACACCUUUCCCAACCUCUAACUUCAUUAUUCAUUCCUGUCCGCUGUGGCUUUCCCCCACCCGCGUUUCAAAGCCAAACUUCAGGAAACAGUGACUUGACAUUAGCAUUUGUUAAACCCUCUAUUCUUAAUUUAGCACACGUCGCUCUUCGCCUAGCAACACACACUGUUUUAUUUUUAAACGUCAAAGCCUUCUUUCAGAUCGUUCUACUCUGCUCGUCUUUCAGCCGGGCAGAAACUGCUUCUGUGCUUCCUCCCCUUCGCCCUUUGGCUGCUGAGAACCCCCCGAGGCAUUGAGAGGCAAGUUGCAGAGACAGGCCAGCGCGCUGGAGAUGUUCUGCCUCUCCCGUGUUGAAUCCAUAGGAAGUAGUCCCUACAGCCCACAAAGGCAACUGUGCAAUGGAGGAUAUCGCCGGCCUUGGCAGGAGGAGAACCAGGGCAACCCAGCGACUCCAGCUAAACUCAGUCUCUUCGACAAGCUGCUGCUGUCCCACCAGGUUUGGCUGCAGCUGGGAGUCGACCCGGAACAAGUCAAGGAGAUCCUUAGAUGCCAGCCCGCCGGGGCAUUUUUGGUUUGGAGUAAUAAUGGUGGGAAGCAUAAGAUCCUGACAGUUCGCCUGGACCACCAGACUUGUGAGACAGAGGACUUUAUUGUCAAAGAGAAUGGUUCAGUUUAUUACCUGGAACAUUCCUACCUGGGAUUCACCAGCAUCUUCCAGCUGAUUGGCUACUACUGUGUGAGCAGGGAUGUCCUGCCCUCUCGGCUGCUGCUGCCAUUUGCCAUCCUAUGCUCGACCGACAAGGAGGAACUGGAGAGGAUCUCAGUACUCGGCAUGCAGUUUUGGGAUCAGCCGAUGAACCAGCAACAAGGCUCGUGUAACCGGGACUCCCCGGGUGGGUCGGCGGUGAUCGAAGCCGCGCCGACCACGCAACUCCUGAAGCAGCAACAGCUGCCCAUGUGCUCGAUCCAGGUGACCGGCGAGAACGGGGCGCUCUUCUUCAUCAACCCGCUCUUCCUGAAGGAACACGGCGACGGCUGGCUGGGCCAGGGCUCUCCCUGCAGCCUCCGGCGAUCCCGGGUGGCCACCAAAUGCAGGAAGCGCUCGGCGGGAAGCGCCAGGAAUCCCGACUCCCCGCACAAGCAGCCGGAGAUCCUGGAGAGGAAUGACAGCGAGAAGUCGGAUUCGGGGAGGAGUGUAGAUGAAGACGAGAUGUUUAAAGUUCCCCACCCCGAGCCUAACCCGGAGCUUCUUUCCACGGUGCUGAGGAGGAAGAUCUUCACCCAGCGAGCGGCCUGGAGCUGGGGAGAGGAUUUGGAAUCGGAUUCUGGGGAGCGGCGAGAAGAGACGGCCGGAUCCCUGUGUCCCGGGGAACGGGGUCCAGCGAUGGCCAGAGAGAGCUCCACCUUGCCCCCUAACUACCGAGCCUCCUGGGCAGAGACCGGAGCGCUCAGGGGCUCCUCCACCCUCCGCAAGGCUCACUCCGAAACGUCUCUGCUGGCUUGCGACAGUCCCACGCUGCCGCCCAUCUCCGAGCUGGACUCCUUGUCUAUCAGCAGCGUGGAGGAGGAGAGCGUGGGGGCGCUGAUCCUGCCGCCUCGGCACCGCCACAAACGCCACUCGCACGCCCUCACCGACAAGGUAAAGAACCGCCUGUCGGCCGUCAGCCACGCCUUCGGCGGCCUGGUGUCGCCCGACCGUCGUGUCAGGAACAGGAUCGAGGAGCUGGGCCACAACAAGGACUGCUACUUCGGCAGCCUGGUCCAAGGCUUCGUUUCCUACACCGCGCAGAGCGGCAACAAGCACGCCAGCAGCACCGAGAUGUUGCAGGGAGUCCAACAAAUGAUCACCAGCCUCCGUAACUACCUGACCCAGAGCUCUGAGCUCACUCACAUCCUCGACCAGAGCGACCAGGAGGACUGUGACACCGAGAUGUCCAUCCAAAAGGCCCUGCAUAAGUGCGUGCUGAAGCCACUGAAAGACCACAUCUACUCCUGCCUGGCCGAUUUCCACAGCAAGGAUGGCUCCCUGAGGAAGCUGACGGAUAACCAGCUGGUUCUGCAGACCCAGAGCUUGGCCCAGCUGGGCGUGAUGGCCAGUGUGCCUGAUGCCCCGGCACUGGAGAAGAUCCAACAGCGGCUGAGCGCUAUGCACCUGGCCUACUCGCCCUUCAAGAAAGUGGCACAACUCCUGAAAGCCUGCAAGCUCAUCUACGAGGCCAUGUCUGCAACAUCAGGGAAGCCCUACGGAGCAGACGACUUCCUGCCGGUGCUGACCUACGUGCUGGCCACCAGCAACCUGACCAACCUCAGCCUGGACGUGGAGUACAUGAUGGAGAUACUGGAUCAGAGCCAGCUUCAGGGAGAAGGGGGAUAUUACUUGACAACCAUGUUCGGCGCUCUGUUCCACAUCAGCACCUUCCAGCCCAAGUUGUUGAGCCGGCAGAUGAGCGAUGAAGCCAAGUCGUCCCUGUGCCAGUGGAGGCGGAGGAGAACGUUGCACCACAACCAAUCCCGCAGGCGAUCGGCACAGGAUUUGCUGAAGGUUUACCUGCAUGAGCGGGGUGGUAACCAGGUCACCGUGCUGGCACCAUCGCAUGUGACGGUGGUGGAGGUGUGCAAGGCGUGUGCCGAGAGGUUCGAGGUUCCGGACCCCGAGAGCUACGGCCUGUUUGUGGAGAGGGGAGGCGUGUACCAGCCGCUGGAGCUAGACGCCUGCCCCCAGCUGGUCAAACAGGAAGCCCAGCAGGACCAGCCCGGCUUUAGUUUCGUCUACAGGGUGACGGGAGGGGGCGAACCGCAGCCGUCUCCACCAGAGGAGGAGGUGACCCCCUUGUGAGAUGUCCCCACCCUGCCCCGUCCCACCCCACACCACCCCUGGACAAAGCCAAGCCACAACCUGGAUAGUCACAGAUUCUUGAUGGGUCGGGUGUCAGGGGUUGUGGGGAGAAGGCAGGAGAAUGGGGUUGGGAGGGAGAGAUAGAUCAGCCAUGGUGAAUGGUGGAGUAGACUUGAUGGGCCGAAUGGCCCAACUCUGCUCCGAGAACAUAUUGAGGCACGGCAAGUCGGAGGAAGCACAGCGGAGGCUGUGGGGCAGAGACCUGGAGCGGCGGCGUCAGACUGGGAACAACAGGAGGCCAUUCGGCCCUCAAGCCGCCUGCUAGCACUCACCUGCUCCACCAAGCUGAGCGAUGGCUCGCGUCAUCCGCGUUCCAUUCCACCCACCAGUAGGUUAGAGUUAUCGAGUUGCACAGCACGGAAACAGGCCCUUCGGCCCAACUCGUCCAAGAUGCCCCAUCACCAGCCACCAGCUGGGGCUCCUGUAGAGUGGGUAACUCACAAUGCAAGUUCAGUCCCGACCUCCGAUGCUGUCCGUGAGGAGUUUGCAUGACUUUGUGCUGCUGUUUCUGCUACCAACCUAGACAACUUGGUUUACUUAUUCCCCAAGUGCUGGAGUAACCAGAGUGCUGGAGUAACUCAGCGGGUCAGGCAGCAU